UCCUCCGUUCAUGCUUGCCACUCCUGACUCCUGACUCAAAUCUCCGAUCUCCUUUGCCAUUAUUCCAGCCUCGCUUGCUAAUAAUUACCAUCCUGCUGAAAAAUGGCCAGCAUUAAAACCCUUGUUCAAUCACAAGACCUCAAGUCCCUCCCUUCUGAUUUUGCUCAUUUUAAGGAUGCCCAAGAAUCCAUUCAAACGGGACCUGACGUUUCACUUCCCGUCAUUGAUUUUUCGCUGCUCAGCUCAACUAAUCCUGAUGAACGUGCCAAAGUAAUCCUGGACCUUGGUAAAGCCUGCGAGGAAUGGGGCUUCUUCUUGGUGGUAAAUCAUGGCAUACCGGAAAACUUGAUCAGUGCAUUGUUUAAUGCGUGUAAUGAGUUUUUUGAUAUGCCGGAGGAGGACAAGUUGCAAUUUGACAGCAAACACCCUUUCUAUCCCGUCAUGGUCAGGUCUGGCACCAUUGAUGGCACUGAUUCCAACCAGCAAGUCAAGUUAUGGAGGGAUUAUUUGAGGUUUUUCGUGCAUCCAGAGUAUCACUGUCCCACUAAACCCAAAGAAAUGAGUGACAUUGUACUGGAAUAUUCUCGGAGAACCCGAGAUUUGGCGAGGAAAUUACUUAGAGGGAUAUCACAAAGCCUUGGCCUGGAAGAAGAUUACAUUGAGAAAGCAAUGGAAUUGGACUCGAGUACUCAAAUCUUCGCCGCAAACUACUAUCCUCCCUGUCCUCAGCCUGAAUUAGCAAUAGGCAUUCCACCCCACACAGACCCUGGCCUCUUGACCUUUCUUCUUCAGAAUGGAGUUGAAGGCCUCGAGGUACAGAAUAAGGGAAAGUGGUUUCAUCUUACUGGCAUUCCGGGAGCCAUUUUCGUCAACACUGCGGAUCAGCUCGAGAUAAUAAGCAACGGAAAGUACAAGAGCGUCUGGCACAGAGCCGUUUUGAAUAACGAGAAGACAAGAAUUUCCUUGGUGGUGGCCAAUGGUCCAUCACCCGACACCAUUGUCACACCAGCUCCACCGCUACUGCGCGAAACUCCACCCGCAUAUGGUCAAAUGAAGUACAUGGAAUAUGUGCAGCUGCAACGAAGUUCCAGACUUAAUCAGAAGCCCACCUUGGAACAGCUCAAGUUGCACUAAUUGCAUGCCCCAUAUAUAUAAUAAUGAGCUGCUUAUGAUCUUUGUUUCGGGCGCCUGUUUCGUGCCUUCCUGGGCAGCUCUUCCAAUGUAUCCAAGUACACUACAUUUUGUGCUCUAGAUUCAAGAUUCCAUUUGAAUUUACAGUUCCAUGAAGACGAACAACUAUAGAAUGAAACGUGACUACAAAUCAAUAGUAUUAUACUCUCU